AAGCAAUCAUCAUUUCUCUUUCUCUCUGUCUGCAUUCUUGCAGUCAUUGAGAAAUACUGAGUGAGCUGUGAUUGGUCACAGCUUGUCACAUGUACAAGGCUGUUGUGAAUAGCCUUGUACCAUGUGACCUCUGUGAUCAUUCACAGAUUUCACACGUAGUAAGCAAUGAUGUCACAAGUGACAUCUUUCAGUCCCAAUCAUGUGAUCACUGAUUAGCCAAUCAGUGGUCACAUGAAUAGCAGUAAGCAAGAUGUCACAUCUGACAUC